AUGCCAAAACUGCAAAAGGAAUUUACAAUACGAUGCCCCAGGUGCUUAUUGCUUUUAAGCUCGCUAAUGCUUGCUGGAGUCUUGUUACAUAGUGGAGGUCAUGCGGCAUUGGCGACUGCAUCAAGACUUUAUGACGGCGAAGGGGAGCAAGCUGCAGGACUGGAACGUCUUGCCGCCAUUCGAAAGCAGCAGCAGCCGUUGCAGCUUUCGCCACCGGCCGCAGGCAAACCGCCGUCUCGGCCCCCGCCCUUUCUGGCGGUCCGCAAUACUGAGUCCGCCAGCAGCGACGAGGCCCAACGAUUAUAUGGCCAGGCCAGCAGCGUGUCGUACAUUGCGUACCUUCUUUUCGGUGCAGCAGAGCCCAUGUCGGAAGCUGAAGGUUCAUCCAGCAUCCUGCUUCCGUACCUGACACCAACCGUACUUCGGGUGUAUGCAUCUCAGCCCGGGCUGUGCAGCUCCGCCGUGGUGGAGCAGAUGUACGGAUUGUCUGCCUGCCAUUAUGGUCUGCUCAAGGCUCUCCGCACCACAUUCUCCUGGGUCCGUAACAACAUCCCGCUGCUGCUGCAAGAGGUGCCAGGACAGCCACAGGCCACAGCCGCCUGGCCCGACCUAUCUGCUCUCUCUGAAGCUGACUUCACUGCAGCAGUCCGUGAUGCGCUGCUGCUGAGGGGCAGUGGGGGCGACCAGCUGGCUGAGGCCGCCGCGACCGUAUCAGGGCCCUGUGGACUGAGCAUAACCGAUUUUGCUGCUCUGCAUGACGCUGCCUCCCGCCUUCACAUUUUCGCCUCCCGAGAUGCAAAGCUCGUCCAGCCACCGUCCGCCAUUCCGAAAUUGCUCAUCCCGCUGGUUUUCCACGUAAUGCUGUACAUGGAUGGAAACACCACGGGCCCAGCCAAGUAUGAACUCUCGGCAUUCUACGUACAGCGCCUUGUACAAAUUACGAAUUAUAUGUCCCGUCCAACCAACAUUGAGUUUUUUGUCAAGGAAGUCCGCAACAAUGCGACCGCCUAUCCGUACCUAUUGCUCAAGGAUCGGAAGACAUGGCUUCAGGUUCCAAACUUGGAUUGCGUCCCUGUAAAAGUUGAUUGUUUCCUAAGCACCGAUUUCGUACCAAGGACGGCGUCGGACUUCCCCCGAAGCAUCAACGUGUAUGUGGCAAACGACCUGACACUCAGAAUUGGGGUCAUGGGCUACGCCUUUGUGCCCGGCUCUGACACGCUGGCGUCCCAGGGCUUCGUUUUCAUCUCAUGGGACCAACUCGCUGCCGAAGGCGCCAACUCGCUUGCACUGUACAACGACGGCUCCAACACACUCUUGCACGAGCUUUUUCACCAUAUGGGCCUUCAGCACCCUUUUUACCGGCAACCUUCAUUGAAUCUUUCUAGCUGUGAUGACGGGGAUGCGGUUGUUGACACCCCUUCAGCAAAAGGCAAGUGCAAGUACACGACUACCACGCGGGAGGUACCGGUGCUGCUGCGUUGUGCUGAUUCCUAA